AUGGUUUCCUUCAAACAGUUAGCAUCUUUUUCAUUAUUAGUUUGUACCCCUGUUUUCUCCUCUCCUAUUGUUAUUGGCGGUUCAAGCGAAGGCAAUUUUCAGGACGAAUUCUCUCUUCAAUUUCCUGGGCCUCCAGGUACCAAACCCAUUCCAGGAGACAACCCCUGUGCCAUCUGCGAUACCUACGAGCCCCAGCUCUUGACCAUCAACUCGUUGACCAUCACACCCAACCCUCCAGAGGCAGGCAGCAACUUAACCAUCGAGGCCACUGGCUUUCUCAAGGAGGACAUCACCGACGGUGCCUAUGUUGCUGUUGAGGUCAGAUACGGUUAUGUGAAGUUGGUCAACCAGGAAUUUGACUUGUGUGAGCAGAUUGAAAACGUUGAUAUGAGCUGUCCCAUCACCAAGGGCCCUCGGACCAUCAAGAAGGUGGUGGAGUUGCCAAAGGAAAUUCCCCCAGGCAAGUACACAGUGAAGGCUCAAGCGUUCACAGACGAAGACGAGUAUAUUACCUGUCUCACAGCCAGCGUCACCUUUGCAAUUCCUCCUCCAAAGUUGUCAUCGAUUACAGAGUCAGUCAAAGGUUGGGUGAGCAACGUUAAAAGGGCCUUUGUUGCAUAUCUAUAG